CCUUUUGUAAGCUCAUGCAGUUCUGAAGCAAGCAAUGUAGCCACUCAGAGAAGGGAGUGAAAGAUUAUCACCAUCUGGAUACCGCAAUGCAGGCCCUUCUUUGGGGAACGGGGCGCAAAGAGCACCAAGAGUUUUUCAUAUCCAACCCAUUCAGUUAAACCCCCCACCAAUUAAACCCAUAAAGUGUACGUGCCAGUAUCGUUCACCAUUCUUGAAGUUAAGUCCACCUUGCUAUUUUUGCUCUACUACAGACCGACCUCCGAAAUACAGAGAAACAGAUGGUUUUGACUGGCGAAGAGCCAAGGGCAGAUUGCUCUGCGUGGUUAAGACUCUUGGAAAGAAAAACCGUAUACAACAAGAUGCUUCAUCGUCUAGUGACUUUUGCGAAAUGAAUGAUAUUCCAUUUACUAUUAGUGAUGGAAGGAUGCAGGGGCCAUCAAACAAUAAUCACGGAGAAUCUCUGCCCUCCCAAUGCAAUUCUAGUAAUUUAUCAGUAGCAUCACAUGAGUCCCAGAUCCACACAGAUGACAUUCAGAGAGCAGAGGUCAGUAUUACUGAAUCAGCUGAUGACAGAUGUCCACAGCAAAGAAGAAUUGGCAGCCUUUCUGGGAAUAAUAACGGAAGCUUAGCCUUAAGGACCGUGUCAUCAGAUCCACCACCAUACUUCAUGGGAGGCACAAGAAUACCCCCACCUUACUCCCCUCCCACUCCAUCCUCAUUUCCCCAAUACGCUGCAAGUGAGAGCUGGUCGUCAAAUUUUCACUGGCAACAUGAAUAUGACUUUACGCAAGUGGAGUUUGGUAGAAACUGAUUGUCGAUUCUAGCCAUUGUGAUAUGAGAGGUUCGAGACUUUCAAAGGGCGCCCCUAUGUCCAGGAGACUCCCGCCUUCUUUGAUGUAAUAUGAACUAACUCCAAUCAUCCUCUUAUGAAAAAUCACAUCGUCUGGCACGCUUCAAGCUUCCAUCCAAGAUGAAGAAGCUUCUUCGAAUUAUUUAUAUUUUAGCCAUUGUUAGCUGGGGAGCAGCUGGAGAAGAAUUAGACCCCACAACAGAAUCGUUAGACUUUUCUCCGAAUAUUUAUCUGGAUGAGCACAGCCCAUCUUUACCUUUGGUCAGCGAGUCAUCAGAACAAGACAGUCCUUCAGAGACAGAUGAGCAUAACCCACAUUCCUUAACUCUGGUUAAGAAGUCAUCAGAACAAGACAGUCCUUCUGAGACAGAUGAGUAUAACCCACUUGCCUCACCUCUGGUCAGCAAGUCAUCCGAAAAUAAAAGUCCUUCAGAGACAGAUGAGCAUAACCCACUUUCCUCACCUCUGGUCAGCAAGUCAUCAGAACACGACAGUCCUUCAGAGACAGAUGAACAUAACCCACUUUCCUUAACUCUGGUUAAGAAGUCAUCAGAACAAGACAGUCCUUCUGAGACAGAUGAGCUUAACCCACUUUCCUCAACUCUGGUCAGCAAUUCAUCAGAACACGACAGUCCUUCUAAGACAGACGAGCAUAGACCACUUUCCUUAACUCUUGUCAAGAAGUCAUCAGAACAAGACAGUCCUUCAGAGAAAGAUGAAAAUAUACGGCACCAACGUCAAAUACGUUUCAAAAGUUCCUACCAGGAACUGCCUAAGUCUCUCCAGAAUCCUUUCCUGGGUAAUGGAGCCAAUACAGAUACAUCAUCAGAGUAUUCUUAUUUUGUACAAGUUGACUUAGAUGAUCCUCCGCCAAGUACUGCUCUCACUACGCUUCCUGAAGGAGUGAAAAUCUACUUUCCUCCAGUGUCCGAUGUCAUUGCACCUGUAAGGAAGGCACCUAGCCUCCAAAAAUCGCUGAUCACUGUGGAGGCGCCAACAUUUCAGUCCAAAAUGGAAGGAAAAGACUCUUCAACUUCUUUAUUAUCAUCCUCAGCUCACUUACUGACAAGUUCAUAUUCAUCUCUAGAGGACCAAGAUACAUUUCUCACUUCAACAAACAAACCUGUGACAUCAACUGAUUCCUCUAAUCUUAUAGGUUCUCAAGUGACAGCACACAGACAGAGAAACCCUACAACAAAUCAGUCUCCUCAUGCACAAAAGAAUUUUCAGAACACGAACAACAUAAACACUGAACAGUCCAGUUAUUUGUCUUACGAAGAAAAUGAUAAACCUAAAAACUCCCUUGUAACACAGAAACGCAUAUCAACUUCUCGCUCACCUUUCGUGGGAGCUAGCAAAUCAUCAUCAUUCAAAAGUAAUGCCUCUCCUGGUAAACCAUUUUGGAGGCCCCCAUCUUCACUAACUACAUCAUCAUCACCAAUACUGUCACAGCCAUUUAUACCAUCAUCUACCCCUACAUCCUUAGUUUCACAUCGCCAACCAACAUUAGCACCCACAUCCAUUUUUGGCUCUGGUGUUACCACCACAACAAGACCAAGCACCAGAUUUCCCAAAACAUUUCCAGGUUCAUCCACGCCAUCAUUCUUCUCAACCACUCCUUCCACACCCUUUCACCGAAAACAGACAACACCAUUUCGUGCCUCUUCUCCUGAUUUGCAUUCAAACACAAGUCCUCAACCAAACCAAGCCUUUUCUACUCCACUAACUAGUUCCCAAAACUCACUACAUUGGAAUCCAACGCCCAAACCGCAAGUAUCUCAGUUCCAGUCUUCAUUCAGAUUUCCAACUCCGUCUCCAUCGGUGUCUGUAACAUCAACAGGUACCUCUGGAUUACAAAUACCUGGAUCUCCAGCUCCACCUAAAUCCCAAACACCUCAUAGAAACCGACCCUUUAACUCUCAGAAAACGUUUAGUAUGUCUGUUGGGGGGUUCUUUAAUCCUGGCCAAAAUCUAGUGUCCCACACAAAACCACAAACCCAUUUCCCCACAUCUAAUGGCAAGUCUUUACUAAAUGGUUCCCCAAACGUUUUACAGGCCAACAAGGGAUUCAAACGCCCUGAUAGUGGCAUACUGUCACAGCAUCCACCGAGAGACGGUAAGACAAGAGCUUUAGUUAACUCAGACAAUAGUCAUACUAGAGGUUCCUCUUCAAGUAGUGGCCCUGACUAUCCGACCCUUCGUACUAUCCCUAAAACUGGAUUUGAUUGUGCUUCUAAAGACUUUGGUGGAUACUAUGCAGAUCCAGAAACUAACUGUCAGGUGUUCCACGUGUGCUGGGGGCGUCGCAGCGCGUCGUUCCUGUGCCCAGAGGGCACCCUCUUCAAUCAGCAGAUUCUGGUGUGCGACUGGGCAUACAACGUGCAGUGCUCUUCUUCACUGAUGGCUUCCUUCGAGAAAAGAGAGAACCUCUUCGAUAACUGGGGCAGGAACCGAGUACUGUAGGCUACAGCUUCUACUGGUAUUGACGCUUCCUUUCCUUCAGAACUUCCGUCGUCACUGGCUGUCACGCGCAGCGCAAAACGAAUCUUAACGCCUUUAUAUUCUUCGUCGCUUAAGCUUGUCCACAUUCCCCAGUUCUUUCUCACCGGCAGUUGUAAAGUUAUGGGCGAAAAGCAGCGUUUAGUGAGUUCAACAUUAUAGCAAUAGUGAUUUGGUGGUACUCAGUGCAUCGCAGAGGACCUCCCUCGUUCAAAACACCACGUGAAAACGUUAAUUUUUAUCAAUUUGCAUUUUUUUUUAUUACAAAGUGAUCAUAUCUUUCGAACUAACAGCGCAAAGGUGGUCUGAUUUUCGUUUCUUGAAACUUUUAUGGGAAAUAAAGAGAAACAAAAUAAAAAUUCCCUGACCUCAAAGAAAAGAAUGAGACUUCGCAUUAUACACAAAGCAUAAAAGAAAAAAAAAUACACGAAUGUGAAGGCUUCAGACAAAGAACAAGGCACAACUGAUUAAGAACAGCGUGUCAGGAAUCGUGUUAAAUUUACUUCGUGAUGAAAACAGUGAUCAAGUGGAGAAACUGCUUACGUCUCGCAGAUGACGAAUUUGAUUUCUAUAGAAGCGCAAAGUGAUAGAGAAAUGAAACGGAAUAUAGAAAAAAUGAUCAUUUCGAAACGCGUGCUGGUUAUAGUGUAUUCCUGCAGAGUCCUCCGUGAACGAGGGAUAAUUCUUUCAAGUAUUUUACCUUUGUUUUCAUCAAUUUGCUUCAA